GCUACCGUCACGUUGUCGAUCGCGAAAUGAUCAAGCAGUGUGAACAGAAGGCAUAUUUCGUUCUGUGUGUCGCGUCGUUCUUUGUUUUCUGUUCUGUCCUUCGUAGUGUGCAGCGAGUCGCGAUCUUUUUCGACAACAAUUACGCGAGCUACGAAAUUACGUGAUCAAAAGUCGACGGUGUGAACGGAGGCUCUUGCGCGAGCGCGCGUCGACGAGAGAUCUAGCCGAGAGUAAGCGGCAACGAUCGACGACGACGACGACGACGACGACAACGACAACGGGCGCCAUUUUGUGCGCUCGUUGCGGCAAACUAACGUUGGCGAGGCGACGGACGGUGGACCAGCGCGUCCACGAGGUACCGUUUCUACGACGCUGAAAUUCCAGUAGCUGAUACCACGCGCAACCACCUGCGCGUUUUCCACCCUCUCUGUGCCUCUUCUCCCUUCCCCUUCCCCCAUUUCUUUCUGUUUCCUCUUCUUCUUCAGUUGCAGCGUUCCAUCAAGCAGCGUUGAUGAUUGGGAUUCCGCGGGACGAUCGGCACAAAAUCACGGUCAAGAUCCGCAAUAACAUGAAGAGGAGCCCGAGUCGUACUCCUCCUCCUCGCGUGAAGCGGAGCCGAUCGUCGAUGGGACGAUAUGAUGAUUCCAGCGAUGAACGUAUCACACCCGAGAGGAUCCGGCGUAGGAGCAGAGGAGCCAGGAGUCCCAGUCCGUCUACACGAGCGUCUUCUCACGCACGCUACGUUGAGUCGAGUUCGCACCGUGACGACUACCUGCGUGCUCCGCGUGAUCUGCCGCCGGAGCGGUCCUACAGCUACAAAAUCCUCUGCGUCAGUUCCAUCCAUCCAAAGGCCAGCGACGAGAUCAUCAAGGACACCUUGUACAGGGAGUACAAGAAAUUUGGAGAUUUCUCCAUCCGUAUCACGCACGAGUUGGACGAGCGCGUUGCCUAUGUGUGCUUCAGGAAUUCUGAGGAUGCGCGUGAUGCCAAACAUGCCAAGUCACGCAUCAUAAUGUACGACAAGGUUGCCUUAGUGGAGCCAGUCUACGAGAGAGCCGAUACCUAUCGCCGACCACGUUCCGUAACACCCCCGGAUUACGAAAGAUACUAUGCUCGUUCACCAGGACCUACGGAUAGACACUCGAGGCCCCUCGAGAGAUAUGAGCGAGUGUACGGACCAGCUGUCGGUUUGCCGCCGCACCGUGAGAUGCGUCGUGAGACAAUUCCGCCCCCUCAUCAUGAAUUCGUCAGACCUCCUAUACACCACGGACCGCCGGGCCACGUGCAUCCGGGCCCGCCCCAUCACUACGGUCCGCCGCGUCAUAUGAUGAUACGUCAUCCGGUGCACGGUUUCGAGCGCGUCGAGAACAAGAAGGACAAGUUCCCGAAUUACCUGCAUCAUGUGUCACCCGAGGACGACCCGCUGGCGACCAGGACCCUGUUCGCUGGCAAUCUCGAGAUCAACAUUACGGAGGAAGAGCUGCGCCGCAUCUUCAGCAAGUAUGGUAUCGUCGACGAUAUCGAUAUCAAGCGGCCGCCACCUGGCACCGGCAACGCGUACGCUUUCGUACGCUUUCAGACGUUGGAUAUGGCGCAUCGGUGCAAAGUGGAACUGUCGGGUCAAUACAUCGGUAAGUUCCAAUGUAAAAUCGGCUACGGCAAGGCAACCCCGACUACUCGGAUAUGGGUGGGUGGACUCGGCCCGUGGACGUCUGUGCCGCAACUGGAACGCGAGUUUGACCGAUUCGGUGCCAUCAAGAAGAUAGACUACAUCAAGGGCGAUAGCAACGCUUACAUACUCUACGAUUCCAUCGACGCCGCGCAAGCAGCCGUCAAGGAGAUGCGCGGCUUCCCACUUGGUGGACCGGAACGUCGGCUGAGAGUCGAUUUCGCCGACGUGACUCCAGGUUUCGGUUUCAAGCCUCGACCAUAUCCGGAGGAAGGCAACGACUUCAGACCGCGUCCGGUUGAUUACGAAUCGCCGUAUGAUCCUUACGGACCCGAAGGUGACUUCGGCUAUGGACCUAGGGGCUUUCGUGGCGGUAGAGGCACAGCGCCGUGGCACGACAGACGAGGUAGCAGCACUCGGGGCGGCUACAGAGGCAGCUAUCCCGAGGGAUAUAUGCGCGACGACGCAGACUGGUCUAGCAGAAGACCGCCACCCGAGAUCGAGUACGAGGCGCCUCGCGGAUUACGCAGAUCUCUGUCACGAGAGCCCGGGGUAGAUAGGUCAAGAUCGCGCUCUCCUCGGCGAAAUCGUCUGAUGGACUCGGAUUCUGACUCGGAAAACGCCCGUACCGGCAUGUUGUCGACGUCGCGUACAUUAUCCGACGUGGCUCGGAAGUCGAUCGCUGUGUGGCAGGGUGCUCUGAUAUUGAAGAACUCGCUGUUCCCAGCCAAGUUCCAUCUGACCGACGGCGAGACCGAGAUCAUCGACGCUCUGAUGAAAGAUGAGGAGGGCAAGCACAUGUUACGGAUAACGCAACGACUGCGGCUGGAUCAGCCUAAGCUUGAUGAUGUGUCCAAACGUAUACAAACGUCUAGCUCGCACGCAAUUUUCCUUGGUUUGGCCGGAUCGAGCACGGCGAUUACGAAUGACGAUACUAAUGUACAGACACGUCCGUUACGUAACCUAGUCUCUUACCUCAAACAGAAAGAAGCUGCUGGCGUGAUAUCGCUGUUGAACAAGGACACUGAAGGCACCGGCGUGCUCUAUGCAUUCCCACCGUGCGCAUUCUCGACGGAACUUUUGAAACGCACGUGUCCUAGCUUGAGCGAGGAGGGUCUUAAAGAGGAUCAUCUGGUAAUCGUGGUAGUUAAAGGAGGUAGCGCCUAAAACAUGACGAGACGUUACUCGGUCGUGUUUACUUGUACUUUCCAUCGGAAGAAGCGACGGUUCUUCAGACGUAUCGAUCACGAACGGAAGAGUAUACAGAUGGACUGAGAGAGGUGGAUGGAAAGGGAAUUUGUGUUUUUUGAUCGAUCAAAGUAUUUCGCUUUCGACUGGCUUCCAAGUAUGACCGAUCAGAUUGCGCGUAAUCGUAGAUAGAGUCGUAUACUAUAUUUGAUAGUUUUUUUUUUUUUUUUUUUUUCUCCCCCCAUAGGAAUACGCGCCGCUUUGUCGCGGGGCCCGAGCGCCCCUGUGGGUAGGUGAUGAAAAACUGAUGACACAGCGACAGAUUCCACAGUUCUUUCAAUUGUAGAUCGCGGAAUCGGAUCACAUGGACACUUUGUGCGCGAUGAAUAUCUACACUGCAACUUGAUCGUCGUGAAAUCGAUCAUCAUCGUAGUAGGGUUAUCGCGCGGGAGCUCGGGUCGAUUGAUAUAUAAUCGAUUGACUUGAUUGAACGAGAUAUCGGGACGGGGAUUCAGCGUUAUUGCCCAAGAAUGUUAUUUUAUACGAUUUUGAUUUAUGAUAUACUUUUCUAGAAUUACGGACGCUUCUCCGUGAACACUCCGCACACAUGAUUGACGUCGAUUACCACCAACACUAAGAGAGAUCAGAGUACUUAUUUUCUAUCAAAAAACACAACACCAUGCGCUCGUGAUGCGCACAUCUCCCCCCUUUGAUCUAGGUUAGGCAUCUGUUAGCAGCGAUAGCAAUUACCAAGGAUAGAAUUUUUAUCGACGAAUGUCUUAUCGAGACCGUAUAGAAAUCGUUAUGAUCACAAGUGAUGCUGCUUAUUAGCGUCGUUAUAAUCCAGAAUGUAGUAUAAGAUUUUAUUUGUAUUAUAUAAGCAUAUACAUACGUAUAUAUACAUAGGUACAGUUAUUAUAUACAAUAUAAUUGUGUUACAAUACAUAUAUAUCGCUAGUAUAGUAAUGAUGUAAACAGUUCUUUCACAUUGACAGACACAUACUGCACAAAAGUGAUUGUGCUUUUAUUAUUUUCUCCUUUUUUUGAUCAAUCUUUUUUUCCGAGACAUGUGUAUGUGUGUGUGUGUGUGUACACGUGUGUAUACACACGUGAGAAUAAUAAAACACGCAGCAAACACGUUAUAUCAACGAUAAUGGAAUUAAAGACGCUCAAGUUUUGUUUUCAAUUGUAGAUUUUGAUAACGUCAAGUCGCCAAUAAUUAUGCAUCUCAUCGUCUCAACGUUUUCUCUCGCAUUCUCUACCGGACACGGGAGAUACGCGCUCAACAGUUGCUCUGUUAUAAAAUUAUUCAACUCGGAAUUAUGUAGAUUUAAUUCGAGCGGUAUCAUCCGAUAUUAAAGAAAGAAAAAUUAUAUAGCUAUACGAUGCGAGAGAUGUGAGACGCAACGUAUAUAUUAUAAAAAAAAAUGUGAAAGGUCUGGGGUUAAGAGAAAGAAAAAAAGGUAUAUUUGAUAUAUAGAAUUCUCAUUUGUACAAUUAACCAUUUUGCUAUUUACUGUAGAUUUCUUUUGUGUGACAUAAUGCUUAAGUGAUUGUGCUGUAAGUAAUCCGUGAAUAGUUUUGACCAGUUUCUCAAGUUCGAACUGUGCUCGAGAGUGAAGGCAGUGUGAUUAUGAAAUGAAUAAGAUCCUGGAAGAGACUGAGAUCCGUCAACCGUAAAACCGAGUAUAUUGCACUUGUGUUCCGUAAUCGACAGAGAAGCUUGCCUCUCUCUCUCUCUCUCUCUCUCUCUCUCUCUCUCACACACACACACACACACACACACACACACACACACACACACACACACACACACACACACCUCCUUCCCUGUUUAAGUGAGGACUGAUUUUUUCAAGGACAGUGCUUGGUGGUAUUAAAAAAGAAAAGAUAAAACAGAUGAAAGAUGAACUCUCUCUCUCUCGACGUGUGUACAGUGAUGUAAACGACCAAGUGAUUGUGUUCCGUGUUCGAGUUCGAGGGAGCGGUUCUUUGAAUAUGUUCGAGGAAUGUAUAUUUUUCAAUAUUCAUUCCCGAAGGGAGAGAAGGAUCUCUGUCGUACUUGAACACGAUCAACGGUGAAGUGUGGUCAGGUACACCUAGUGUUUGAACCGAAAAAUAGAUGCAGUUAAUGCAGAGAAAAAUUACCAAAUGUGUUAAUUUUCUUACAGUACCGUUCAUCAUUACCUCUAUCGAGAGUCGAGACGAGAUACGGGAUCUCGGUAAUCUGUUACAGUGAUGCGCAUUCCGGUUGAUACGUUGAUUCGUUACUCGCGAUAUCUGAAAGGGUUUUUGAGAAACGAACACAUGAGGUGACAACUCGUAAGACAACUCGUCGACCAAACGCAAAUUAAGGCCGCUGAUGAGUAAAAAAUAAAAAAGGAAAAGAAAUCAAGUCAGACGUUCGAUGCGAAGCCGGUCCAAAGAAAUUGACACACGUUUAAUCUUCGAUUGAAAUGUACGCGUGCAUGUGACAACGGGAACUAAUAAUUAGACUGCUCUUGAUUCUCCGAAGAGUCGUGUACUCGGUAUAGAGUUUCGAUUUUACCUACCUAACGUCAGAGUCAGAGUGAAGUUUCUCGUGCGAUAUAUAGUGCUGUUGUGAUCUAUUGCCUUAGCAAUCUGGUAAAAAAACGGUUGGAAACGCCGAGCGUAGAUCCGUUGAGAGAUUUCGAAAGUGUGCUUGUGCUAGCUAAGAAUUGUCUUUCUGAUGUCGAAGGAAAGAAGGGAAGCAAGACCGUCGUUCGAUUGUCCUCGUUUGAUUGUCGCUCGUGAAGGAAAGAAACGGCCGUUAGUGAUAUGUUAGUGUUCUUUGUGAUUUGUUGUGAACAUUCAGGGAGGAGCAGUUGAGUCUGUUGAGUCACGAAUUAACUCUCGAGUUGAUUCCGAUUGAGCACGCUAUUCGAAAUUGCCAUACCGUUCGGAUGAACUUGAACGAAAUGCGAUAGUUGUGUUGCCCAGCCAAUAUCGAGUACAAAAUUGUGCGUCCUACGACGAUAAUCGUCCAAGAGAGACUACUAUAAUCGAAAGAAAGA